AUGGGAUGUGAAGUAUCUAUGAUAUUUCAAGAAAAAUUGCAAAGACUGUACGAUGAUGGUUACAAGCUGGUCAUAUUCACCAACGAGUCAAACAUUGUGCGCUGGAAGAACAAGCGACAACAAGCUGUUGACUCCAAAGUUGGCCGCCUUGAUAACUUUAUUGAAUGUGUUAAAGCCCCUAUUCAGCUGGUCCAACCUAUCAAGGACAAGUUUUCAAGUGUUACCUAUGCAGAUCUGUUUCAGCUUGCCAGCGCCACAGCUAUUGAGGAAGUAGGUGUCCCUAAAAUCCCUAUGAUCUAUGGAAGGGUUGGCGUUAUUGCCCUUGACAAUGCGCGCCAAAGUGCUAAGAUUAUUGACCAAUCUCUUACCCCAGGAAAGAUUUAUGAUGGAGAUGGGUUCAAUUACAUCAAAGAAUCUUUUGAAAAUGGUACUCUUCACCUUAUUGGGUUGUUGAGUGAUGGUGGUGUACAGUUACUUCUGAAAGGUGUUAGUGAGAGAGGAGCAAAAAAAAUUCGUGUGCACAACCUUACCGAUGGGCGUGACGUUUUGGAUGGAAGCAGGGUUGGUUUCGUGGAGACCCUAGAGAAUGAUCUUUUGGAGCUUCGAGGCAAGGGUAUUGAUGCACAGAUUGCAUCUGGUGGUGGAAGGAUGUAUGUUACCAUGGACCGUUAUGAGAAUGACUGGGAUGUGGUUAAACGUGACUGGGAUGCUCAGGUGCUCGAAGAAGCACCCUACAAAUUCAAAAGUGCACUUGAGGCUGUGAAAACACUGAGAGCACAACCCAAGGCUAAUGAUCAAUACUUGCCCCCAUUUGUGAUAGUUGAUGACAGCGGCAAAGCUGUUGGACCUGUAUUAGAUGGUGAUGCAGUUGUCACUAUCAACUUCCGAGCCGAUCGCAUGGUUAUGCUUGCGAAAGCACUAGAGUAUGCAGAUUUUAACAACUUUGACCGUGUACCUGUCCCCGAAAUUCGAUAUGCUGGGAUGCUUCAAUAUGAUGGUGAGUUGAAGCUUCCAAAUCGCUACCUUGUUUCCACACCAGAGAUAAAUAGAACAUCUGGGGAGUACUUGGUGAAGAAUGGCAUCCGCACCUUUGCUUGCAGGCAAGUACUAUAUGUCUUUCAGCCCUUCUCUUGAUACCUUUUUUUGCUC